AUGCACGACAAAUUUGGUACUGGCUUCUCGAUAGUGCGGGGAGACAUAGGGGGCAAUAUUGACCGUCUAGCAGCAGCUCAGACAAAGGAUGCCAGAUACACAACCCUCUUUGCAAUCAUUACGGACGAGGUGAAGCGGGGCGAGCAGGAGGGAGGGCAGUCAGACACAAAUGCUCUGCUCUGGCUCAAAAGGGCCACCGAAUUUAUAUUGCUGCUGCUGAAGCGAUUACACGAUGACAGAGAAGUGACGCUCUCAGCUGCCGCGAGUGAGGUGUACUAUCAGACGCUCAACAACUAUCACACAUGGUACACGUCAGCAGCUUUCACCGUCGUUUUGAAGUUUGUGCCCUCAAGGGAGACAUUUUUUGCGGCGCUGGGCACUCCUGGAGAGCAAUUGAUGCAGGAUCUCCAAACUUUGUUCGACUCUUUCGAACCCUUGCUACAGGACAUCCAAAAAUUCCUGGCAGAUCACAACUUGGACUUCCAAGCGAAAGUGUGA